AUGUCCUCGUCACUUGUGGCCGUGUACGAGCAGGCAUGCAAGAAUGCCUCCGUGGCACCCAACUCGGCGCUAUUCUGUUGCUUCGCCGCCACCAACCAAGCCAUGCCACUUCAGGUGUUGUCUCUCAGCGCGAACCUUAUCGGACCGCGUGGGCUAGCGGCGCUGUUGCCUGUACUGCGCGAGUGUCGGCUCACUUUGCACAGUGUCGACCUCAGUCACAACAACCUCGGCAACGGUGCGGUUCGUCAGCUAGUACUCUGUCUUUCGAACGGUGGCUUUGCCGCGCUGCGCCGACUCGAGCUGCGCGGCAACCCACUGACAUAUCAGGCUGGCAAGUGUCUUGUCCACUGGUGUGAGGGGCUGCAGACGGUGAGGCAAGCACCCGGCACUCAGGGCGCCGGCAUUGGUGAAGCAGACAGCGGCAGCACAGAUACUUUCACUGCAGCCCGGCCAUCGGACGCACUAGCGUCGCCGCGUUACGGCACAGAGUACUGGUGUGAUGCGGUCGACGUCGACAUCAACUACGUUGGCAUCGAAGGCACCGCCAUGUCGGAGUCGUUGCAGAGGGCUCUGCAGCACCGAAUCGCUGCUGCCAUUGCACGUCGUAAGGCACGUCGGCGGGGGGACAGCUCGCAGCCAAGGAGCCGCGGCCGCAACAGCAGCCACGCUCUCACCCGCAAGUCGGCUUCGGUGCCAAGCACUUCCGAUGCGUCUGAUUCUCAACCGCAGCUCUUGAUGGAUGCCCAGAGUACUAAGGUGAGCACCCCGGAUGUCCUCCCGAUCAUGGCUGAGGUGCACCCGUCCGCGCUGAGCCUGGAAGACUUGCCUAAGGACGACGACGACAAACAGCAGCAGAAUGACAGCAUGACAGUCGCAGUCGCCGCCACAGACACUCGUGAGGCAGGCAUUCCCGGCUUUCUUCAGGAUGAUACAGAUGUGAAUGUUCUUCACACGCCUGCUAACGAUGACGCCAGCGGUGCGGCGGCCGCUGUGACAAGAUCUGUCGUCCUGGAUGACUUCCGACCCCUUCACCCCACCCGGAAUGUCGUCAUCAGCGCUGACGGUGCUGCCGGCUCGCCUUUGGCUGCUGACGCAGACCUCCAGCAGCGGUCGCUGGAAAGGCACCGUCGAUCGCGCUCCGCGGCAAAACCGCUACCCUUUCAGAGCCCCUCCCCGAGUGAGGGCAACGGAACUGGUGCCCGGCGCGCUGUCUCGAGUGUGUCCCAGGCGUCGUUGCCGUCCACGCCUUUGCCCUCCUCGGAGGCCUUCGCGCUGUACCCAAUGGAGCCGUCCGCAUCGCAGCAGCAGCAAGAAGUGGGGCAGCGCCUUUCUUCUCCUCCGCUCAAGACCGCCUCGAACAUCCUCGAUGAGCUGGGGCUUGAGGCUGAGGCCGAGGCAGCUGGCAGUGCUGGUGCUACGGGAUAUGAUUCCGAUGCGUUCCCUAUGUGGCUCGAGGAGAUGUAG